AUGGUGGGUCCAUCUACCCCUAUGGGGUGCGUGCACCCCUCCUCCGCCUCCUGCGAUCCAUUAGAAGAAGCAAAGCCGCCCAAGCCACGGCUCUCCUCUCCCAUGCAAACGCAACCCUUUCCACCUCUCUCCCUCACGGACCGCAUUCCCAGGCCACCCGCGCCAACAAACCCCGCGGCGGUGCAAAGCUCCGCCGCAGCCGUACCCCCUCUCCCCCCGUCCCUUCACCAGAGCCUUUGCCAGAAGGUGCUUCAGGCGCGGGAUGCGCAAAGCAACAUCCCGUCGUCCUCUCCCCCAAUGUCACCCGCCCUGAAACCGCUCUUCCUCUCCCCCAUGUCUCCGCACACGCCUCCGCUUCCGCCCUUCGCGUCCGCGAGCCCUGUCGUCACGCCGUCGCUGCAUCCCGCGAGCCGAACGCCGCAGGCCGGCAGAGGGGCUCCAGGCGUCACGAAUCUGCGGCAGGCUGCUUCAGGCGCGGAUGAUCGCACGUAUGGCGGCAUGAAAGUCGGCAUGUACCAUCCGGAGCAGGAAAAUCUGUGCCGGUCGCCGUCCUGGCCGAGCCACAAGCGCAAGCGGCACGAGGUGCAGGACUGGUCGCCGGGCGCCCCGUGCGGCGCGCUCCGCAUGACCGCCGGGUGCCCGUCGCCGCAUCGCCUCAGCAACUGCAACAGCCCCGUCAUGGGCGCGCAUGCGUCCGCGCGGCCGUUCGCGAGCGGAGGAUCCGCGGGCGCGGGGGAGGGCAUCGGUGGCAGUGGCGGCGACGGGUGGACUCCGUCGAAGAGUCCGCGGUUGAUGCCGCACCACAUGGAUUCGAGAGCGACUCAACGAUCUCCCCGCUCCGGCCGCUGUGAUGCCGCUGCUGCUGCUGCUGCUGCUGUGGGAUUCAGAAACAGCCCGGGAGCACCGCACCAUCAGCCGCCACCGCCGCAACAGCAGCAGCAGCAGCAGCAGCAGCAGCAGCAGCAGCAGCAGCAGCAGCAGCAGCAGCAGCAGCAGAGCAUGUCUCCCGCAUCCGCCGCGCGUCUUAGCAGGAGCUACUCGCAACCCACCCUGGAUCACCAAUCGCAAGGUCAGCCGCCGCAGCAGCACAGCGCGCGCACUCCGCAGAUGCUCAGCCCCUUCAACCGCCCUCAGACCCUCCCUCACGCGCACCCUCAAGCGCACGGCCCGCCGUCUUCUCCGCACGAGAUCCGGCAGCACCCGUGCCCAUCUAACACACCGCAACUGCAGAAUCCUAACUAUGGCGCUCCGCAGUCCGCGCCGUCCGUCGCGCCGUCGCCUGCAGCAGCCAGGGCAUGCCCGCCUUGCCCUUCCCCGCUCGUUUUCCCGCAGCAGACCCCGCACACUCCCAGCCUGCAACCCGCGCAAGCGCCCUCCGUCCCCUCCAGCCCUGCGCCGGUGUCUUCCCCCAGCCUCUCCGGGAAGCCCGCGCUCGUGCCCAUCGCUCCGCGGAAGAUUCUCCCCGCCGCCCCCACGCUUUACCCGAGCGGCAUUCCGCCGGUGGGGCAGAGAGGCGCAAAGAUCCUCGGGCUCAUGGGUCUCAACGUCGCGCCCGGCGCGCUCCCCAACCUUAUGGCACACCCUCCGCAACUGGGAUCCAUGGGCGCGCACGCGAGCGGAGUAAUGGGCAUGGGCGCGGGGAUGAGCAUGGGUCCGCCUGGCUCGUUCCCCUCAUCCUCCCCCUCCGCUCUCUCCCGCUCCCAGAGCAUGACCACCAGCAGGGUGCCUGUUCUCCCCUGCCCCUCCGCCACUGCCGCCGCUAUUGCGCGCGCGCGGGCGUCAAUGCCGCGGAGCCUCAGCGCGCCGCGUGUGCUUGCUGCGAACGGCGCUCCUGCUGCCUUAACUCCUACUGUAACGGCCGUGAACGGUGCUGGUGGUAACCUCGGCACCGGCAGCAGCGGGGGAGGUCCCAUGAUGGGCUCGCCGUUCCUCUCGCCUUCCCUUGCCAGCAAGCCGUCUCACAUCGCCGGAAUCCGUCAGCUCUGCCAGUCCCCUGCCGUCGCGCAGCUUCCGCCGCCCGCGCUUCCCAUCCACGCGCUGCCCCCGCUCGGGGGUUCUCCCGCCGUUGGCGCGGGGGGCGCUGGCGUGGGCAGCCAGAUGGGGGCUGGGGCGAACGUGGGCGGAACGAGGGCGGGUAGUGUGAACGCAGCAGCGCCAGCUAUGCGGCAGGCAGGCAUGGCUUGGGUGGACCGGCUUUCGAAUCUGGCGCACCAUCAUGCUAGCAAGCAGCAGCCGCAGCAGAAGCAACAGCAGCAGCAGCAGCACAGCAGGCAGCAGCAGCAGCAAACUCAGCCCGUGCAGCAGCAAGAGCGUGUGGCAGCAGCGACAAGCAGCUCCCCUGCUCCACGUGCAAGCAGCGUGACGGGCGGCGUUGCGCCCAUGGAUGCCUCGGCAGCAGGUAGCCAGGCGGGCAGCGGAGUGUGCGCAGCGGGAAACGAGCAGCGCAUGGCUAAGACCUCCGUCCCGGCAUCGGUUUCAAUGAGCAAGGGAGCGAGUGCGGAUGAGAGGGACAGCCGGGAAGAGGCGGAGGAGCAGGCGAAGGCGGCUGGAGGAACGCUGGCGGCAAGCCCUAGCCUGGUGAGCAGGAGCGUGCCGCUGCAGCAGGCGUCGCAUCAGAAGUGCUCAGGUGGUGGGUUCUCUGUUGGGCCUGGCCUCGCUGCGCUGCAGCGCCGCCCCCUGCCUCCUGUUCCGGAGGGCGACGCGGAUGCUGCCCCUGAUGCUGCUGCCGCGAACCUGCCCAAGUGUGAAUCCGUGUGUGAGAGCUCCGUGCCUCCUGUCUCAAACGCGGGUCCGCCUUCUGCGUUUGCUGCUGACGCUGCCAAUGCUGUUGUUGAUGCUGCUGCCGGUGCUGGUGGCGGCACUGCGUACACGGGGGCGGCGCAGCAGCAUGCACGCAGAACAGAGGAGAGCAUCAAGACGGAGGAUCAGCUGCAGGUGCACCAGCCGCAGCACCUUCCAGUGCCUCAGCAGCCAUCGAAUGCACAAGAGCAAUCUUUGCUUGAGCUCAAGCCUGAGCAUGAGCAGCAGCAGAAUCAACAGCACCAAGGCGAGGUGGAGCACGAGGAGCAUCCACCGCCCCCGCAGCAACUGGAGGAGCAGCCGGUUCAGCAGCGCCAGGAGCGCCAGCAGCAGCAGCAACAGCAGGAGGAGGAGGCUCCUCAGAAGCAGCAGCACGAGGAACCGCUGCAGGCAGCGAACGCAGCGAUGGUAAAGGCAGACGAGGAGCGACAGGCAGUGUUGGAGAGCCCCAACGAACCGGACUGCUCCAUGGCACACACAACCCCGCAGCCAACGCCUCUCCCGCACCCGCCCUUGGGCUCUCAACCUCCUGCCGCUGCUCCUCCUGCUGUUGACGCUGCUCCAUAUGCGAUGCCGAUGGCGGCUGCUGCUUCGCCAUCCGUCAUCGCAGCACCUGCUGCUGCUGCUGCACUCCCUGUGGGUCAGCCCGACUCCAUGCCUGCCGGCCUGGGUGCCUCCCUGCCGCCUCUCUUCCCUGGCGAGCUCACUUACGGGGGCUGGCCUGCAGCAGACGAGUCGCUGGGAGGGGCGGGCGGCGAGGAGGACGGCGUGACGUGGACGGAUGCAGGGCUGAUGAGGGCGGAGGACAUGGAGCAGAACGAGAUGGAGGUGCUGGAGUGGUGCCCGGAUGGCUCUGAUACCGGCUUUGUGGUGGACGGGGAGUACUACUCCGUGCCUGACGAUGCUGCCAUCAUGCCCUCCCAUGCCGAGCUUGCAGCGUUGCCUGCUGGCUCCGGGCCUGCUGCUGCUGCUGCUGCUGGUGUGUCUGUUGCUGACCCUGCUGUGGCCGGCUCUCUGGCUGUUCACGCAGGUCGACCUGCGGUCGUGCAUGUUCCCAAUCAGCAGCCCAGCUUCAACGCCUGGCACGCUCCUCUUGCUCCGUCGCCCCAGGCUCAUGCCUGCAUGCCGCCACCGUCCUAUCGUCCCUCGGACCCAUCAGGAUUCAAUCCUGCUGCAGGUGCCGCAACAGCGGCAGGGUCUGCACAGGGCCAUGGCUUUGCAGCGAGGGGUGGAGAGCAGGGGAUGCAUGUGGAAGGGGGUGAGGAGGCGGUAGGUGGUCUCGAGUGCACUGAUAGUGUGGUGGGGCUGUGGGGUGCUUAUGGGGAGGAAGAGAGGCCCCAUAGUGGGGCGCACAUGCUGUGCUGA